UGUUUUGUUUUCGUCUUCCGCUMGCUUUUCUCCUCCCUGUGGCAGCGGCGGGGCAGCAGCCUGGCGGCGGGGCAAGCACGCGGGCCCCCAAGGAAGUCUAAAGCGCGAGCCCCACCUGUGCUGCCGGACACGCCGUGUGCCACGAAGAACCGCUGGGAAAGGCAAUUCCCGCCCAGGUGCGCCGGGAGCAUGGCGGUCAGAUGGACGGACGGACACUCCUCCUCUGUGCUGUGCCUGAGCGUGAGCUCGGAAGGGCUGGUGGCCUCCGGCGCAGAAGGAGGCGAGCUGGCCGUGUGGGAUGGAAGAGGAGUCCUGGCGGGACGGCUCCGGCUCCCCAAGGCAGAGGACGUUGCCUCUGUUGCGUUCUCCGCAGCCUGCCCCGCCAGGCUCUACGCCUCCCACGGGGAGAGCAUCGCCUUGCUGGAUGUCCGGGCUCUUAAGGAGCCUGCCGACAGCUUCCAGGUGAACGAGGAGGAAAUCAACUGCCUUGCAGUGAAUGAGACCGAGAGCGCCCUGGCYGCCGCAGACGAUGCGGGAAUGAUAAAGGUUAUAGACUUGGGAAGCAAGAAGGUCAGCCGGAGCUUGAGGCACUCCAACAUCUGCUCCUCUGUUGCCUUCCGACCUCAGAGGCCGCAGAGCCUCCUUUCCUGCGGGCUGGACAUGCAGGUUAUUCUGUGGAACCUGCAGAAAGCUCGCCCGCUAUGGACCAUCAACCUGCAGGACAGUGAAACGGAGGAAGCUGGUGCACAGGCAGCCGGCCAGUUCUUCAACCCUCCGCUCGCACAUUCCCUGUCCGUUGCACCGUGUGGCAAUGUUUUUGGUUGUGGAGCUCAAGACGGUAACGUCAGGAUCUUCCGGGUCACCGGUGUGAAGUUUGAGCAGGAGUUGGUGUUUAAGGGCCACAGCUUGGGAGUGUCACAGGUCCUUUUUUUGCCAGAAGCAUAUUGGCUGCUGACUGGGGGAAAUGAUGGCAAAGUCUUGCUCUGGGAUGUCAGCAGCGGUGUUGGGAAGCAACAGAAGAGCCCAGCUCGAUCUCUCCAGAGAAGAAAGGCCCAGGCAUCCACCAAAAAAGAGGGGAAGCUGAACAAAACAGCUGUGAACGAAGAUGCUGAGAUUUUACCAAAGCUAACCAUUGAACAUGGAGAGAAGGUGAACUGGCUCUCGUAUGCAGAGUUCAAAGGCUCUAAGAGAAUAUUAGUUGCUGAUCAGAGCAGUUCUAUAUCUGUAUAUCCAUUACCAGAUGUUUAAUUUAGAGAAAUUUGUGGUAAGGAAUCGUUUCUCAGGGUGUUUGAAAUAAGCCCAGUUAAAUCUGCUGAUGGGGAACUGACCCUCCUGCAACCUCAGGAACAGCAAGGGAUUUGCUGUGAAGUUUCAUGCAAAUACUCAUGAUGCAACUGACCUCGC